GCAACGUCGGAGAGCAUGGCGACAGUUUCCCUCCACUCGGAAUGGACCUGGAUCCCUUUUGCACAAACUUUGCUUUGCCCCCAUCCCAUCUUUCGAACAAGAAAAAGGCCAUACGAAGUCCUGCGACACAAACACUUUAGAAGCUAGGUCUCUGCCAAGAGCUGUGCCAACGUAGUCAUUAGUUAGUGCUUGGGAUUGGGUUUGCUAAAAUGGGUCGCCGUGGAGAGACGAAAACUACAGAUGUCGACAACACCAGCACCAGUGCCAUUGACUCGAUUGCCAACGACUUGUUGAGGGAUGAUAUCCGGUCCUUUUGCGAGACGCUUUGCGCUGGAACUGAUAUCAAAGGAGACCAAGCCUUUGAUGACCUUUUCCAGACUGUCGCUCAGUUCUUGGAACAGUGUAGUUAUGAUUUCCCGACAGUUGUUGACAUCGAAAAAGUACCAUACAACUGCCAGGAGGCACCUACAUCGUGUGAAGUUGAAGAGGGGGGAGACGCUUUGUGCGACAUCCUGCUGAAAGAAGUACAGAAUGUAGAAUGCGAUGUUGGUCUCGGUGACGAUGUUAGCAGCGUUACGAAUAGCAACCACGGCAGCAUCAAGAGGCCACGACGCCCCACCAAGCCCACCAAGGGCAGCCGAAAGAAACGUCUUGACGACGAAACCUUAGAUGCUCUAGCCCAUCUCUUGGCCAAGAUUCCAGAUGACGGAGAUCCCAUCCUCCAAUCAAGGCGCCGAUCUAUGCUUCGGCGAGUUGGUAGUUCCACUGCAGCGACCAGAGGACGAGUGAAUAGUGAGGCCGACCGAAGCAUGGAGCAAGUCAGCACCAGACCGUUGCCUCGGGGGCGAAGUCCCCCGAACACUUCUACCGACGAUUCCGUUUUCGAAUUUGACAACAUGGCUCGAAAAAUGAACAAGAAAAAGUCUACCAAGGCCACACAGGCUAGAAAGAGCAUGCGGGAAGGUGUUCCCGAGGUUCGCACUGCCCGGACUAGAUCAAUGGACGACGACAUGGAUUGGGAGCACCUGGAUGAUUUUUCUCUUGGUCCUGAUCCAGUUUUUGUCACAACCAAAAAGAAGAAGUCCAUGUGGGGUGUUGUGGCGAAUAAGUUGCUCGUUGGCCGUAAGAAACAGGUUGGGUAUCAUCGGUUCCGAGCUCCGAAAAAGGGCAAGAUCACAUUUGACGACGAUGGAAGUGUGCAAGUCGAAUUGCUGAACGGAUGAGAGAAGACAAGCAGCUAACAGUAUCGUGCCAUACUCGAAGAUGGUUGCCGCCAGCAAUACGCAGCAAAAGAGAUCCAAUCAAUCAGAAUGAUUCAAUCGAAUCAGUCAGCGUGUACAUGGAACUGGUACCCGUACUGUACGGGCAAGAGACGGAUGAGGCGCAAAGGCAGCCUAGAAUGGAAAUGUUGAAUGUUUGUAAGCUUUGUAUACAGUAAGCAAUAUAGAAUGUUAGAAGUGGUUUGGCAACAGUUCCUGCCGAAGUCGAGUCGGUGCUGCAGA